CUGACAUUGAGCGCAUCCUGGAAAAUGGGACUGGACAGGAUUUGCCUUCUAAGCCUCUUAUUACAACUGGCAGGAGCAAUUCUGGACAUCACUCUAAUGGCUAAUGUUCUGAGUCCAUCGUACACUAGCUUCUAUCUCUCAUGUGUGACGAGUGAACGGAAUGCCAGCCUACAGAUUGUCAGAGACAAUAGAAUUAUCAUGACACAUCCCAAAUCCAAGCUCCAGACGUACAAGAACAACAGCAAUGAAGUGCAGAUGCGAGGAUUCUCCCGGGCAGACCUGGUGGGCAUCAUCUAUUGCUUGGGGAAAACUCAGUCAGAAGAAACCAGAGUGGUCUAUGUACACAACAACAUGAAUGCCAACCUAAUUCCAGAAAAGGUGACACAAACAGUCAGCCUCCACCAGACAGCUGUGCUUGUUGCCAAGAUAAAGUACGGGAAGAACGCAGACAUCUUGUGGAAAAGGAAUGGGACCUACCAUGAUAUCAUGGACCAGGGUGAGGUGAAGGAGGGUCAGUCCACACUGACUUUGCCAACCGUUAGCAGAGGUGACAGUGGGAUUUAUAGUGCUGCAUUCCUAGGAGACAGCCCUUUGUCAAAUGCCUUCUUCAGGCUGAUUGUGCGAGGCUGUGUAGCCAACAAAUGGGGAUCUUCUUGUGACAAAGACUGUCCUGACUGCCGAAAUGGAGGUGUUUGCCACCAUAUUGUUGGAGAAUGCAUCUGUCCACCAGGUUUUAUGGGUACCCGCUGUGAGAAAGCUUGUAGGGAAGGCAUGUUUGGCCGAAACUGCCAGGAGAAGUGCCGAAGUGAUCAGGGCUGCAGGGGUCUGGCCUUAUGCUUGCCUGAUCCAUAUGGUUGUUCCUGUGCCCCUGGAUGGAGUGGGCUACAAUGUGACUCAGCCUGUUCCCCUGAGAAGUAUGGCCCCAAUUGUGCCCUGCAAUGUCAUUGUGAAAAUGGAGGCACUUGUAACCGGUUCAGUGGCUGCAUCUGCCCAGCUGGGUGGCACGGACAGCACUGCGAAAAGUCAGAUCGGAUACCCCAGCUCAUCGAUUUGCCUUCUCACUUGGAGUUUAAUGUAGGCUCUCAGCCUGUAGUUACUUGCACGGCAACAGGCAACCCACCCCCUGUGCGUGACAGCAUUGAAUUGCGCAAGGUCGAUGGAACAGUGAUCAUGCCUACGAAAGCCAUCAUGGAAAAAGAUAAGACGACCUGUGAAUUUCAAGUUCCACCAGUGACCCUCUCUGACAUGUGUCUCUGGGAAUGCCGUGUCUCUACUACUGGAGGGCAGGAUAGUGGCAAGUUCAAGGUCACCGUGAAAGUGCCUCCUGUGCCACUAAGCCCACCCACGCUCCUGGCCAAGAAGAGUCGACAGCUUACCAUAUCUCCCAUAGGGCACAUUUCUGGGGAUGGACCCAUCAUUUCCAUCAAGGUUCUCUACAAGCCCCAACUUGGCUCUUCACAUUGGUUAGCUAUUGUAGUUGGCAAUGCCCAAAAUGUCACCCUGACAAAACUGCUACCUGUCACUGCUUACCUGGUUAAAGUUCAGCUUACACGCCCUGAAGUUGGAGGGGAAGGUGCACCCGGACCUGUGGCGGUGAUGGUAACAGAGUGCCAAGAGCCAACAGCCAAGCCUGUGAUUGAAAAUAUAUUUUUUGAAGGGAGCCAAAAUCUGUGUGCAAACUGGAACUUGCCCAAGAGCGACACUGUGGGCUCUGGGUUCCUUGUCCAGCUCUAUGACCCAGCCAAAGAGCUUGUGCAUCGGGAGAACAUUACUUCCAUGACUGUGCAGUCUGCCUGUAUCCCAAACCUUAAAUUCAACAAGGAGUAUAGCCUGGAAGUGCUAGUUUAUCAUUGUGCCAGCCUGGGACCACCAUCUGAUCCCUACAAGGUCAAGAUCAACAGCAAAGGCCCUUCUUCCCCAUUGUCUCUUGCAGUGGAACGCCUCACUGACAGCAGUGUCAAGCUCACAUGGCUGCCCCCCGAAUAUCCCAAUGGUGGCAUCAACAAGUACAUUGUAGAGGUGCAACAGCUGGGGGGUACCACCGAACCACAAUGGGUGGACACAGAAAAUGGCUGGGACACAACCAAGGUCAUUGUGGGGCUCAACAGUAGCAUUCUCUAUCAGUUCAGAGUGCGAGCCAAGUCCUACGUACCAGGCGAGUGGAGCACACCUGUGAGGGCUGAGAACUUGGGUGAUGGAGCACUGAGCCAAGAACCCACCCUAGGGAGCAGAAAUCCGUCUCCUUCCAACAUGGAUAAGCAGCUGCUGUUGGCAAUUGUCGGCUCCGUCUCUGUCACCUGCCUGACCAUCUUGUUUGCCCUUCUGGCUCUUUUCCUGAUCAAGAAAAACUUCUUCCAUCGACGUCGGACAUUCACUUACCAGUCGGGCUCUGGAGAAGAGACCAUCCUGCAGUUCAACUCAGGCACGCUGACCCUGACCCGCCGACCCAAGCCACAGCCUGAGCCUCUCAGCUACCCCAUCCUGGAGUGGGAAGACAUCAAGUUUGAGGACAUGAUAGGAGAAGGCAACUUUGGACAAGUCAUCCGAGCCAUGAUCAAGAAAGACGGCCUGAGAAUGAACGCUGCCAUCAAGAUGCUGAAAGAAUUUGCCUCUGAGAAUGACCACCGGGACUUUGCUGGAGAGCUGGAAGUGCUCUGUAAGCUGGGCCACCAUCCAAAUAUCAUCAACCUGCUGGGAGCCUGUGAGAAUAAGGGAUACCUGUAUAUCGCUAUUGAAUAUGCACCUUAUGGGAACUUGCUAGACUUCCUUCGCAAGAGCAGAGUCUUGGAGACAGAUCCAGCCUUUGCCAGAGAACAUGGAACAGCUUCAACCCUCACAUCUCAACAACUCUUGCAGUUUGCCUCUGAUGUGGCCAAAGGCAUGCAGUACUUAAGUGAAAAGCAGUUUAUCCACAGAGACUUGGCUGCCAGAAACAUCCUGGUGGGAGAAAACUUGACUUCCAAAAUUGCUGAUUUUGGCUUAUCCCGGGGGGAGGAAGUUUACGUGAAGAAGACAAUGGGACGCUUGCCAGUUCGUUGGAUGGCCAUCGAAUCCUUGAAUUACAGCGUAUACACAACUAAAAGUGAUGUGUGGUCGUUUGGGGUCCUCUUGUGGGAAAUUGUCAGCCUGGGAGGAACACCAUACUGUGGCAUGACAUGUGCUGAGCUAUAUGAAAAGCUGCCCCAAGGAUACCGUAUGGAGAAGCCCCUCAACUGUGAUGAUGAAGUCUAUGAGCUAAUGCGGCAGUGCUGGCGGGACCGACCAUAUGAACGCCCACCUUUUGCUCAGAUCUCAGUGCAGCUCAUCCGCAUGUUGGAAGCUAGGAAGGCCUAUGUGAACAUGGCUUUGUUUGAGAACUUCACCUAUGCAGGAAUCGAUGCAACAGCUGAAGAGGCAUGAUGGGACUGAGCUCUGGCUUCGACACAAAGAGGACACACAUGAAACAGGACUCUUCUGUAUAUAAAUAUGCCUUUUGACCACAAUCUUGUUAUGCUGGCUGUGCUGGGCACAGGGCAUACCUGUACAACUUCCAGUCUAGAGCAUCUUGCACAGACCUAGUCCUCAUACCAAUUUCUCCUUCCUAUGCCACAGAAGCAUUGCAUUGUGCCUCAAGACUUCACCGUACUAAAAAGAGUCAUGGGGCUCUCGAGGAGAUGACAUAGCUAUAAAGCUUUGCCACUGACUCAUCUUUCUCAUGAACUUUUGUAUGGUUCAUAUUCCUAUUUCCACAAACGAACUGCAUGAAAAGUGUUUGAACUGCCAGUGCAAUGUCCUGCCUGUCUCCUUGAAUGAUAGCGUGGAAUGUGCACACCAAAUGAGGGCAGAGCAUUCUGCAAAGAGACAGGUGGUCUUGAAAUCAGCAAGGAGAUGAAGAGAGAAGAAUCAGACAAAUUGUGCUGGAAUCAGAGCAACAGAGAGCUUCCAUCCUCUGUGUACACACUGUAGAUAAGCCCCCUGUAUACUGUUAGGCAUAGUGAGGCAUCUAUUUUAGAGAUGGAGAUGCAUGGUGCCAGGCGCUAGGAUUACAGAGUGGUGUGGGGUAUGUAGUCUAUCCUUCAUGGUCCAAAUUGGUCUGCUGAGCACACAAAUUUAUUGUGCCAGCUCUAGCCAUAGUGUUGAAAAAAGGUUGACCUGCCAGUACACUUAGCUACUGUACAUUGAAUGGAGGGGGUGUGCCAUUUAUCCUUGACUAUAGCCAGGAAAAUAUCUUGGGCCACAUUUCACUAUAGUUUUGAGCUCUUGCCAUACAGCUCUAAGUCAGAAUUUACCUGCUACCUACCUGGCAGUCUGUUGGAAACAAGGGAAUAAAGGUCAUUCACAUUCCUUUUCCCCACUCCCUCCUUCACUCCUUCAGCCCUUAUUUAUGUGCAGGAAGACAGGAAUGUGAAAAUGUUAUCCAUUCACUGAGUCCAGACACCAGGCCAGGAACAGCAUUUGUUCACUUGCAAAAUUGCCACUGCCACUUCUGAGAAUUGUUCCUUGAAAACACUUGCCAGCCAGUAUAGACACUGCUGGCUUGAUAGGCAAAAUCUUGCAGAAUUAGCUUGGGCUUUUAGCACUGUACCUCAUGCCAUUUCUUUGCUACCCACUCUUUGCCAUGUCUUGGUUUAGGACCUGCACAAAUCCCGUGGAAAGCUGUCCUGCCAUCAGUGUGCUUCUGACCAAGAGGCAAAUUCCCAUCUUCUGUUUCUCUGAUGUGUCCUCACACUUCUUUUCACAGGCUCCUCCUGCUACUUUUUCAGGGAUGGUAUGCACAUUAAUAUCUGUUUUUAAAACUGGAGGAAUAUGUUAACACAAAGGAAGUAUUCCACUGGUGUAGAUGAGUCUGUGAUCUAAUCUAUCAGCACACUUCUUAGGUUUUUCAUAUGUAUACAAGAAUAUUCAUGGUUGUAUUAUGUGACAGGAGGAACCACUGCUCAGUGGAAGAGCACAUGCUGUGCAUGGAUUACACCUAAACUUUAAGAAAUACUUAUUUACUGUAAGAACAGAAUAGAAAGUGUAAUAGAAGGUCUUCUGAAGGUGGAAGGUCCUUAUUUGGAGUUCUUUAAAGAGAAGUUGGAUGGUCAUAUUUCAGGGGUGCUUUAGUUGUGUAUUGUUGUAUGGCAGAGGGUUGACCAGUCGAACUCUAAGAUUCUAUUAAUCUAUUUGCCACAUUAGUUAAAUUCCACUGAGUCCUACACUUAAAAUCUGGUAAUCCAUUGGGUUCAUCACAUUCGUUUGGGUUAAAAUAUAGAGUGUAUCAUUCUUCGAGGUGUCAGGAUCAAUACCUGGUAUGUCCAGUUAGAAAGGUCAGCUAGUGAGUGACGGCAAGGGGAAAGGGAAACUCUGGGAGCUGCUUCCAGUAAAAGAAUACAAUAUUUGGCAAUAUUGGACUAAUAAUUCAAUGCAGUGCAGGUAGCUUUUUGUGAAUAUAGGAAGGCUUUAUUGUUACAGAUGCUUUUGCACAAUUUCUGUAUCCCUGCCGCCACCAGAAAGAACAAUGUGAACAGAGUUGACCCUUGAAGGCAGACAGACAGAUGGCCACAAAUGGAUUGAUGUAACCCACAGGGAUUAACAGUAGUUUGUAACUAGCAAGUUGUUCAAGGCUGAUAUUGAAAGAAAGGAAAUACGUUGUCAGAAAUUAACUGAAGCUAAAUUGGAGGGGGGGGGGGAGGAAGGAGACAACUGCAGCUGUGGUUGGAACAUUGUUUGGACUUUGGGAUGAUACUCCAGCUUUGUGUGGAACUGGAACAUCUAGGAGCGUUAGAACUUUAAUAGUGGCAACACUGCUGUAAAGACACCACAUAACGAAACCAAAGAAUGCUGCGUAUACCACAAGUCAGUUACACACCAACCUUACCUCUGAGAAAAAAGAUUUGCCCUUCCUACAUCACACGCAUGCAGAGUGACGUGAAAAACUGAGCCUCGUAUUAGCUUGCGGUCUAAAGUAAGUGUUGUCGCAAUGUUUUCAAAACAAGAACAAUGGAGUUGGAUAAAGAUAGAAUGUGCCAGAGGUCAUACAGCAUGACAGUGUCAUCAAGGUCUUCAAGAGGCUUGCGGGGAAUCUGCAUUGCCUUACAGAACAGUGGCAAGGGGGGUAAAAGCCUUCAACAAAGGAUGCCAAAAUGUGGCAGACAUGCAUCAGCCAGAUCAUCCUAGUGUCAGCGAAGCGGAAGUGAAUGGUCACUAUCGUGGAUAGUGAUCGACGCCAUACGAUUCAUGAGAUGGCUCGAAACACAGGAUUUGCACAUACGACUGUGCUCCACAUUCUGAAGGAGAAAAAUUGCUUCAUGAUGGGUUCCACAUCAUUUGACCGAAAUGCAAAAAUGUCUACAAUACAAUGCUGCUUGUACCUACCUGGAGCACUGUGAGCGCGUAGGAGAGGCUUUCUUAUUCCAUAUCAUUACACUGUAUGAGACUUGGACCAGAUCGUACCAUUCAGAACUGAAUCGCCAAUUGAACGAAUGGCGUAAUUAUAGGUCACCACAAAGUUCGAAAUUUCAUCAGAACUCCAGCAAUGUGAAAGUUAGGUAAUUCUUGUGUACAACUGUGAUGGUGUCACCCUAAUGCAUACCGUUCCCCCACAUCAGACCAUCAAUGCGCAGUAUUACUGCUCAUUUUUGGAACACCAUCUCAGACCAGCUUUGAGAAAAAAACGGUGACACUUUCUGCAGAACGCCCCUAUCAUUUUGCAUGAAAAUGCUUGACCACAUGCAGUGCAAGCUGUGGCUGAUUUGCUUGAUCGAUGGGGCUGGGAAGUGCUGGCCCAUCCACCAUACACCCCAGACGUAAGCCCUUGUGACUUUGACUUAAUUUCUAAGAUGAAGAACCACUUUGUGGCAUUCGCUUCAGAACUGUUCCAGAGAUUCUUGGGGCAGUAGACCGCUCCAUUCGAACUAUCAACAUAAUAGGCGCUGCAACAGGUGCCCUGCAACUUCCAAAUCAUUGGUAACAGGUUAUACACAAUGCUGGCGACUAUAUUGAAGGACUGUAAAACAUAGUGGCAUGUAUCACUUUUGUAUUAUAUGUAAAUAAAUAGUUGCCACUAUUAAAGUUCCAACCCUCGUAUGAGGGAAAUGAGAGUAAAACCUAAGUAUCCUUUCCCUCUUAUACGCACUGCCUUGGCUGCAACAGGGUUGCUGAAAGAUGAUCUCACCCUAAGAAGCAUGGUUCAGCAAGGUGAAAAAAGGACUAUAUGACUGUUUAUUCCUUAGCAAUUCUUUGCUGCCUCCAAUUUAUAUGUAAUAAAUGAUGUGUACAAAGCAAAA